GACUUCAAAUCGUUGGGGUUUUUCUUGCGGAACUCUUCCAAUACUUUCUUGUUUCUAUAUCGUUGCUCUUAUUAGUUGAAGUCGUCAUCAGCUGUUUGAUAAAAGAAAAACGAAAAAAUUCCAUAUCUACAGUUAAGGAGCAGAAGAAUAUUUUCUAAAUAUCAUCAUCACCAUCCGCAGAAGCAGCAAACAUGGGGCUCGAUAAAUUAGUGCCAUGCACCGUUCAACUGGCGAAAAUGAUACAGAAAUCUGGUUGUGAUGUCUUAUGCAUUAUUGAUCGUCAAAUACCCACCGAAUUGACCGAGCAAUUCAAUGAAUUCCGUUCAUUUGAUAAGGCCUUCGAUUCGGUAGUCUCAUGUUUUAAAUCGAAGAAACUAGAUUUGCCUGUGGUCUAUUCACCGGUGCCUGAAUUAAGUGAUUACCAUGAUGUAAGAUGUUAUCAGCAGGCUGCUGCUAAAUCUCUACAAAGAGCCAUCAAGGCCGGUUUUAAGGCACCUCUUCUGUUCAUACCUGAAAAUAAUAAUUUCUUGAAUUCUGAAUUAUGUACUGUUUUGGGUGCUUUGGAGGAACUUUAUGUGCCCAUUCAAUUACGUGAAGAUUUGCCAGAGAAACGUCAACGUAUUACCAAUUUGUCCGUAAUGAUGUCCAAUCCCAAGGCUGAAGAAAUUUUCAAAGACGCAUUGAUUUUGGAAUCUGGCAGAUUUGUGGCUCGUGAUAUUGGUGUUGGUGAUCCCGAACGUAUGGCACCACCACGCGUUGAAGAAUACAUUUCAAAAAUUUUCAGUGGCCUUAAGGUAACAGUCAUUAGCGAUCCAAGUGUCAUUGGCAAGGAGUAUCCUCUGUUUGCUGCCGUUAAUCGUGCUGCCAAUCAGGUGAAACGUCAUCAAGGACGCAUCAUUUUCCUAGAAUAUAAACCACCACAAACGGCCAAGAAAACUUUGAUGUUAGUAGGCAAGGGUGUUACUUAUGAUACUGGUGGUGCUGAUAUUAAAGCUGGUGGCAUUAUGGCUGGCAUGUCUAGAGACAAGUGUGGUGCUGCAGCAGUGGCUGGAUUUAUGCAGAUUGUCAAUGAACAAAAGCCCUCAGAUGUUCAUGUAAUUGCUGCUUUGUGCUUGGUGCGCAACUCGGUGGGAGAGGAGUCUUAUGUGGCUGAUGAGAUCAUAACAUCUCGUGCUGGUGUUCGUGUACGCGUUGGUAAUACUGAUGCUGAAGGCCGCAUGUGCAUGGCUGAUGCCUUGUGUCGCAUGAAAGAAAUCGCUGUUUCUGAACAAUUGCCCGAUCCCCAUCUUUUCACGGUGGCCACUUUAACCGGUCACGCCUGUUUGGCUGCCGGUGAGGGCUAUUCCAUUAUUAUCGAUAAUAGUGUGGCCCGUGCUGCUGAUCAUGCUCGCAAGCUGCAAGAAAUUGGCACAUCCUUUGGAGAACCUUUUGAAGUCUCUGUUUUACGUCAAGAUGACUUUGAUUUCAAUUCCGCUCAAUCGGUUAUUGGUGAAGAUAUUGUUCAAUGCAAUAAUGCUGCUUCUUCUCGUACGCCCAGAGGACAUCAAGUACCAGCUGCAUUCCUUAUUCAAACCACUGGUUUGGAGAACCAUGGUUUGAAUUCGGAGAAACCAUUGAAAUACACCCAUUUGGAUAUUGCUGCUAGUGCUGGAGAAUAUCCCAAAAUGCCAACUGCUGCACCUAUCGUUGCUUUGGCUAAGGCCCAUUUGUCUUAAGAUGAAAAAUGGAUUAUUUGGAAUUAACUAAAGUGAUUUUUGCCAACCAGUUUAAUUGUUUUAUUUUAUUAUAUACAUUUAAAAUAUCGUUUUUUUGCUUUUGUUUCUCAGUAUAUUAUUUAGUAUUAUGCUUUUUAUAAAUAUAAAAAUUUAAUUCAUCACAACAA